UACUCUUUCUUUUUCAUUAUUUCUAUAUGUUGGAUAAUAUAUAAACUUUUUAAUUAAUAUCUGUAGGAAAGAAGAUAAGUUUUUCUGCCUCAAUGACGUCCUCCGAUUCUUCAUGGAACAGUGGAACGAUGGUGUUUCCUUCUGUCAUAACCAAUGAAGGAAAUGGAUACAACCCAAGUACCGGAAUAUUUACUGCCCCUAUCGGUGGAACGUACGUCUUCUUCGUGAAUGUUCAGAGUUAUGGUUCACAAAAUAUUUAUGUUGACAUUGUCUUGAAUGGAUCGACAAAGGUUAGAAUUAUGGCUUUCACCGGUAAUUACGACGCGGGUCCCAAUCUGGUGGUGCUGAAUAUUCAGAAGGGAGACGCAGUGUGGGUCAAAUAUUACUCUGGUACAGGUUACUACACUGAUGGCCCACUUACCACUUUCUCUGGUUUUCUCAUAUAAGCAUACACUAUAGACCAAAACCUUUAAAAUGUAUUUUGUGCAGCCAAUACAUAGAUUAAUUUUUUUGCCUUUAUUUGCUUAAAAUUGGUUUUCAUUUCAACCUAAUAUAACUGGUAUAUUUAUUUUUAAAAUAUUUGACAGAAUUUCCUCUAUCCAGAAAAAUAAUAUUGUUAUUUGCUUUUAAGUGUUAUUUCAUUUUUAUGCAUUAACAAUGUGUGAAAAUGUUUUAAAAGACAAAUAUCUCUUCAAAACUACCUUGUUUAUUCCAGAGAUUUGAACCAUAAACUAUAUACUCAUAUUACUCAAUG